AUGGCAAGACCAGCAGAUACUGAAGAGACAUACAACCAUGCAGAGUUAUUUCAUGUGAAUAUUCAAGUGAAGCAAAAGGCUUUAGUAAGAAAAGUAAGUUUAGACACCACACUAUAUCCUAAGUCAUACUCUCUGGGAUGGAUUCAAAAGGACGUUGACUUACAAAUCAAGAAGCAAUGUACCUUCAAAUUUGUUAUCACCAAUCGAUAUAUUGAUGAGGUGACAUGUGAGGUGGUUCCCUUGGACGUUUGCCAAGUCAUAUUAGGCAGUCCAUAUUUAUGGGAUCGAGAUGCCAUUCACUAUCAUAGGCUUUGCAAGUAUCGACUUGUGAAGGAUGAGAAGGAGUUCCACAUCAACGCUUGCAAGCCUCAACCUAUAGAUAAUUUGCUGACAGCUAACCAAGCCAAGGAUGUGCAUGUUUGCCAUCGAGGAGAGCUGUGGAGCAUGAUAUCCAGUUGUGAGUCAUCAAACCUAGCUGCUCACCAUGUGGUUUGCCAGUAUUACUUAUGCCUAAGAAAGACGGAGGCUAGCAGGAUUGAUGACUUGUUAGAUCAAUUACAUAGUACUCGUUACUUUACGAAGCUAGAUCUCAAAUCCAGCUAUCACCAAGUUCACAUCCAUGAAGAAGACACUUGGAAGAUUGCUUUCAAGACUAAGCAGGGACUCUUCGAUUGGUUAGUCAUGCCAUUUGGGUUAUGUAAUGCUUCAACUACCUUCAUGCGAUUGAUGAAUGAGUGUCACAUGGGAGGACCAUCUUCAUCAUAUUGCUCAAGUUUUGGAAGUUCUACGAACAAAUCAGUUAUAGUUAAAUGGUAA